AGUAUUCUGUAUCUCUAUCGCCUACCGUGAUACCAUCGGUUGGCCCUCUGAUCUCUAGUCUCAUAUCUUCAGGUGUCGCACGCUAUGGAGGAUUCAGUCUUCUUGAACGCGUCGCUAUAUAUGACGGUCAGCAGCUCAAGGCUGUGCCAGGAAGCAAAGAGGAUGUUUUCAAGGAUAAAUCUAUCAAUCUAAUCGACAAACGAAGAUUAAUGAGGUUCUUGAUGUUUACUAUGGGAGAUUUCGAAGAAAGCAAGGAACUUGCUGGGAACGAGAAUGAACCAUUCCUUGGUUUUCUGAAGACAACUUUCUCUUUGAGUCAAGAAUCGGCGCGUGCAGUUAGCUACGCUUUGGCCUUUUGUAUCUCUGAAGAAGACCCCACUCUUCCGGCUUUACACCGGAUUCGUAGUUAUCUCAAGUCAUCUGGCCGUUAUGGUUCUUCUCCCUUCCUGGUUGGUCACUACGGUGGUCUUGGAGAGAUGGCUCAAGGCUUCUGUCGCAUGUCUGCCGUGCAUGGAGGCGUAUACAUCCUUGGAAGAUCAGUUACUCGUAUUUCACACGAGCCUCAAGAAUCUCCUUCUGACCAGAGCGCCUCGCCUCGCCACCGCUAUACCGUCGAGCUCGAUGAUCUUCCAGAGCCUCUUCACUGUGAUUGUAUCAUUUCUUCGUCAGAGCAUGUUCCUGGUGAACUACGGAGCGAGGCGGAAUUUACGUUUCCGCCUACUAGUACUGCCGGUUCGAAAGGCAUCAAGUCAAUAGCUAGAUGCAUUGCUAUCAUCGACAAACCUAUAGUUAUGGAACCCAAACCUCCUUCGCCCGAGUCGCCAACGCCUACUGGCGAUGAACCUGAUUCCGAUGUUGUACCACCCUCGGAUGGGAAAAAGGAAGUGGGAUCUUUAAUUUUAAUUUUCCCCCCGGGAUCCACAGAGGAUGGCUCGUCGUUUACGUCAGUACAUGUGCUCGUGACAGGACCAGGUUCAAUGUCUGCGCCCGCUGGAAAGUGGAUCGUUCAUAUCUCAAUGCCUCUUUUCAGCGAGACAGAGGAGUUACCAGAACGUCUUCUUGAGCCUUACGUAAAGGCCAUACUUUCCCUGACAUCCGAGCCUUCCCAUCAACCUAUCUUCGUCGCUUACUACGCCCAAUACGACUCUGUGUUUGACGAUCGUGGUGCCGCUUCCCAUAGUAAGCCGUCGACGGUUCUGGUCACGCCCCCUUUGUGCAACCAUAUUGCGAACUCGUCGGAUACUGCAGCACGCACUGCUGAAGCCGUAUUUUGGAAAGCUAUUGAAACCCUGAAAGCAGUCAAGCAGAUGUCUUCGAGUUCUACGCUGGACAGUGAAGCUACCUUCCCUGAAGUCGAGAACUUCUGGCCUCCAUUGGACGUCUCGGGCGAUGAAGAAGGUGCAGAAGAGUGGUAGUCAGAUAGUGAGUGCGUAGACUUCCGAGCACGAACGGAAGUCACCACUUCAUCAAUAAUUAUAAUUGUAAUCAAUGUCACGAUGUACUAGAAUGACCAUUAAUGUUAGCAAUUGGAUUGUAU